AUGGCUGAAAUCUUGAAAGAAUGGUUAACGGAGCGACUGCAGCGCCCAAUAAAAUGGGAAGCCACAGAAUUUGGGGAUAUGAUGAAAAACGGAAACGUUGUAGCGAAUGUACUCCUUAGUUACCAUGUAAUAAACGAGGAGAAGGUGUUUUUAAUACGGCCUAGCAAUGCACCAGUUGACGUCGCGAAUAACUGGAAGUACCUGGCAGACUGGUUGCGUGAUGUAGACGUUUACUUGACGGAAGUAGAGCUCAGCAACAUCAUGGAUGGUAAGGGCUCUGCGCUGCUCCGGCUCUUUUAUCAACUGUUCCUUCAUUUAGACAAGAGAGACCGCACAAACUUUCUCAAACGAGAGCGAAAAAUGGUUUCAAGUCUUGUAGAAAAGAUAAAUCAUAGGUUUGAUGUUAAAAAAGUUGACGAAGAUGAAGAAUCAGCUGUAGAUGAUCUGUCAAGACCCCUGCUUAAUGAACAACAUUAUAUCGACUGGCAAAGAAAAAAAGCCGCGCAAGUUAAAGAUACAUACGAUUAUGUUAGAUACAAAUACUCUAAAAUGAUGGAGAAAAUUGAAGAGUCAAAAACACCUUGUUGGCAAUACGUACCUCCUAAAGUAAAAAAACUCUCUAGCAAAGAGAAAACAGAUAUGGAAACAUUUUCACAAAAAUAUCCUUGUAAAUUUGAAAAUUAUACUUAUGAGGAAUUACUUGGUAUGGAAGAGGAAUCCGAGGAAAGAAGAAAAUCUUUUGUUGAUACAGAGUGGGCAAAACACUACUUAGAAGACUUGUAUUGUAGAUUGCGUAGAAAAGAAGAUUCUGAAGAAUUUCAAACACAGUUAAGAAACGUUAUAAGCAACUCGCUAUGGGACCUAUCUGUUGGUGAAGAGGAAGCAAUUGUGGAUCUUGAUCUUGCAAAGAAAAGUAUGAAGUUGUCGCAGUUUGAGAAACAGAUGUGCACUCAAAUAAUGGAAACUAAACAGCAGGCUCGCAAUCUCGUUAAGAACAGAAUUGAUGCUGAAAGGGAAUACGCAGAUCAAAGAGACUUACAGUUUAAUCAAUAUCUUGAUAAUCUUAAAGAGCAAAUACAUAUGGAAGUGGUGGAGAUAGACUUCGAGAAGCACAGACAAGAAAUGCUUCACAAAAAAUUAUACGCUGAGAAAAUGAAACGUAAAAGACAACAUUACUAUGAAAUAUGCUACGAAACUAUGUUGUCUCUGGUAGAUUAUGCUACAAAAUACGCAUAUUUCCGACGUUUGUUAGACGACGAUAUACCCGAACACUUUAUUCAUGAGUGGAAAACUUUAUACUUUAGAAAACAACCUAUAUUUGAUAUACUUGACCCAAUGGAAGAUCUUUUGAAAGAACAUGCUUUGGAGGAAGAACCGGCCCCAGAGGAGGAAGAGAUAAUAAGGCUCGAGUUAGAUCGCCAGGACGCGCUGAAUGACAGCGAGUUUAUGGAAUACCAUAAUUACUCUUAUCCAUGGACAUUAGACUUGUUACUUCCCAACUACGAUCACGAGUCAGAAGAAAGAAAAUACGAAUACCUAGGUACCCGAAUUUUGGGACAUUUGGUUUAUACUUUGCUUGAAAUCAAAUAUCCAUAUCCUCCUCCAAGGCCACCAGCGGAUUUACCUGAUUUUCCAUCAAAAGGUCUCAUUCGCAAUUUACCUGACAAGGCAAUUACUAUACCUAUGCAAACAUUACUAAAUCACUGCAGAAUACACGUGGUCCGACUAGAGACUGCUAUCAAUUUUUGCCUUAGACAGUUUAAACAUGAAAUGAUAGGUUGUACUGAUAUAGAAAUUUCUUAUGAUAAGUUUGGCGCAGCUGCUCCAGACGAAGAAGGAAGGGAAUUCAUAAAAGUGCUUAAAGCAGAUGAUGAAAUGUACAGUAAAACAAGUGAUGGAAAUAUUUCAGCUAUCUCAGGCCCUAUACCACCAAACUGUAAACAGACACAAACGCCUAAGACUCUUCCUGAAGAAGAUAUAACCUUAUCUACUCCUGCAGAACUGGGAAAAUAUGCCUACGAAGCUCUUAGUUUUGGGGAUUCUUUAACAGAUCACUUAGUCUGCGCAAUGUUAGUGGAAUAUAUUAAGGACCAGGAAGACAUAAAUGGCUUUGUUAUCAUAAAUUAUCCAAACUCUUACCGUGAAGCUCAGAUAUUGGAAGAAACAUUUUCUGGGCGUGAACCCCCAACUGAGGGCGAUUUAGAUGAUAGAGAUGAUAUUUAUUUAGAAGAAAGUAUAGUGAAACAUCGGAAAAAAGAGAAAGAUCCGUUCAAAGAAAUAAGAGUAUCAAGGAUUGUAAAUAAUCCUCACAAAAGAAAGAUUGAGGAACCUUUCCAAAGCUAUUUCACGUGUUACUUAAAGCUAAAGGAAACUGAAGACAUACUCCAAGAAUAUAUAAUAUGGGACUUAACUUCAGAAAAUUCUGAAUUGAUUGACAGAUUUUAUGCUGCUUUGGGUAUGAACUAUAGUAUGUAUUACGAAGUAAUAGAGAAAGAUUUACUUGCUCAAAUAUGUAAGUAUAUAAUAGGUGAUUAUUCGUUACCGUUAAAAUCAAAUGAAAGGCUAUUUGGUGGAAACGUGUUAAGCCUCUUAGAUUUCCCUUUAUCCGAUGAUAGACGAACAAAAUCCAAAACAAUAAAGCCCGAAGCGUCUACUAUAAAGUCAAAAGAUAAAUUACGACGGUCAUCGAAAGGUAGUAGAUCUAAUACAAAUCCAGAGUUUGAAGUGGUGAAAGCACCUGACUCGACAGAUGAAGUACGCGAUGACACUAUCGCCAUUUUAGAAGAAGUAGCUGAAGAAGAAGUAGAGAUGAAAUCAGUUACAACUACAGAAGAAAUUAAAAUAUUGGCUGGGGAAGAAGAAUGGGACUAUGGAGUGUUGCCUAUUAGCGAAAUUAUCGGUAUAGCUCUUGCUACUUGUUGGGAGCAGAUAGAGAAAACUUACAUACACGACUUAGAACAAUUAUUUUUUGCUAAACGUCUUCAAAUGAAUUGUGUAAUACCCUACACUAGAUUUCUUAAAGACAAAAUGGAACAAAUUAUAAGACUGCCAUCUCAUAAGCAAGAUUUAGUUAGCCGGUUCCAAAAAGAGUACAACAACUUUGAAGACGAUUGGCGCGAUGUACAUUUGACGAAGAAUGAAUGGCAUUGUCGUAUCAUAGAGUUAAAAAACAAACUUUACAACAUUUGCGAUGAAAGGAAAAUCUUUUCGGAGCAGCAAAGGCAGUCACUCAUUAUGGAAAACUGGACUGCCGAAGAGCUGAUUACUAUGGCUAAUACGUACAUAUCAUGCAUGCAAACUGAGCUGAACAGAUCAGUGCUCACAUUUCAAGCAUUGCAUGAUUUCUAUUUUGCAAUGAUUAAGAAAAUGCCGCCACACGACAGGCUAACAUCAAAGGAUCUAAUUAAAGUAUGUAAAGAAUUGGAAGAAAGUGGUGGUGGUGGUGGGAAGAAACCUGUGGAAGAUAAGAUUUACCGACAGUUGAAAGCUGCGUUCCAAGACAUGCAAUUGAAAAAUAUUCAAAUUGAUUACAGUAAUAAUCCCUUGAAUAUGAUAAUUGAAAAUAACGUGAAAUUUGCACAAAAAGUAAUUAAAGAUAUCAACGAUCAUUACCGUUCAGUCAUAAGUAAAGAAUAUAGUGAAUUGGCCAAAAUGGUACCGGCAGUAAAAAAGAAAGAUGAAAAUGCUUCACAGGAAUCCAUCAAUCUCGAGGAAUUAUUUAAAUCAAAUGGACUAAAAUGUAUUGAUGAAUGGAUAAUGGGUAUUAAUGGUGAGAUGUAUCGAGCAAACCUGCGACUGCAGGCGUUGCAGCACAAAUGCUACCAAGACAUGAGAUUGUUCAACAAUAUGAUAUAUAAUGCUUUUACUGAUAUACAAAACAGUAUUAACGCGUAUUACAUGAACGAAAUCAAAUCGGUUGAUCGAUUGUGCAAAUAUUUGCAACUGGCUGUUGAGAACGGCAAAAAGAUUCCUGAACUCCUUGUGCUCGACCAAGAUACCUUCAUAAUCGAUCCUAACUUGUUGCUAUUUACGAAGCCGCAACCUGCGCCGGAGACGGGCGACCUCACCGAGAUGGUCGACUCGAUAGAGUUCAAGAUCGGGCAGUUGGCGCGGCUGCGCACGCAGUUCAAGAUCGUCGCUCCAAAUGGCAUCGCGCUGCAGCAAGCGUUCGUCUACCUCAUACAGGAUUUCAUAUUCUUCGGCAAGGAGUCCUGUGAGGGUUCUCUAUUCCCAGAGUUAUGGAAACGAAUCGAUCCGGAACAAGUUACCAAACUAGUCUACUUAUUGUUUGGUGAAACGGCUUACGUUGAUUGGAGAGAUUUUCUUGUAUAUUGUCUGAAUGUAAGAUACCCAACAAUAGAGGAAUUAUUAGAGACAAGAAAGAAAUUUAGAUGCAGUGACCCCAACUCCACUGAACUUGUCGAUAGGGAUGUAUUCAUAAAUGAAGAAUUGUGGUUCGAAGUAGAUUUUGACACCGAAGAUCGUUAUUCAUUGUUACGAAAGAAUUUGAUUAAGCAUUUCUUAUUCGAAUUGUUUGAAUGUGCCGAGAAUAAAAUGAACUAUUCAGCGUUUCUUUUGGCUUUCUGCAAAAGCGUUGAUCCCAUUGAAGGAUUCGCGGCAGCUCUGUCUAUGGCGGUCGGAAAGAAGACGUGUUACGUAUAUGAAGAGUGUGAGGAAGUCGUGUGCAAGUUGAUUGAACAGAAACAGUAUAGAGAUGCAUGUUUAGCUUGUGCGCACAAAUGUACUAAUGAAUUUCUAGAUCAGUUGAUAGCGAACGUCAUCGACUUCUGCGCAGGAACGUCUAUUACAGAGAUACAGUUUACCGAGGUUGAAGAGAAGAAAGGUGGCAAAGGGAAGAAGGCUGGCAAAGGAAAAGAAGGUAAAGAUGGAAAAGAAGGAAAAGGAGGGAAAGUGGAGAGCUCGCAGAGCGCUCGCACGCCAAAAGCGAAAGAAAAGAGUGUACAGGACAGCAGGACGCAGGCGCAAUCGGAUACAAAUAUGAAGAUCAGUACGUAUAUCUGCGGGCCGUGCGCCGAAGAGGCGAUGCCGGAAGAGAAGCCGGUGGAAUUAGACAAGGUUGUUGAAGAAGAGAGCGCCUUGUUCAUCGACCCGGACCUCGCGUACACGGUUACUCAGGAAACCAUCUGGAACGUUCUGCGCAUCUGCUUACCGUGGCACUUUGUGCUCUUCCCUGAAGAGAAAAAGACUCCUUAUGUCGGCCAGGUAGAAGAGGUGAUGAAGAAGCUAGCCGUGAACACAGACAGUGGAGACAUCUACGUGUCAAUGUUCGUCGCAGACCCCGUCAUAUGCAAACUCCUGAACAGAGUCAACAAGUUCACAGCUCUAAACCUAGUCCACGAAGUACGAAAGGUUUGUAUGUAA